AAUUUCAUGAUAUCCUUUUCGUGGAAGCCUUUUAACUUCCAGUUGCUGAACUUUGAGCUGAUCUUAUUAUCUUCCAUUGCUUCUUGGCAAACCUGAUUUCUUGGCUGUAGCCUUGUAACAAGGAAGACAUGCUGUUCUCUUGGCUUUAUGAAACCUACCAGCUUUUCUUAGCAGGCUGGCUCUUCAGAAGAUUGGUUCCUGACUGUGUGUUCACGCUGAGUGCUCACUGCUGCCCACUGCAGAAACCACUGGAGGGAGCGCUCAGCGGUGUUCUGAGAGAGGAGUUCCAUGGGAACUGUUCCCGAUCCCCUGAGAUCCACUAAAACUUCCCUGAUUGCCUCUGCUGGGAAGGAACGGGCUGGAGGAGAGUUCCAAGCUGUCCCAUCUCAACAGGGUAAGAACGCCAAUGGCCUUGCUGGCACUGCAGCAGAACCAAACCUCAGCCUGGGCUCAGCCCCGCAGGUCCUGAUGCAAACUUGUGAGCAUGAGCCCUCCCAGCCAGACAUGUCUUCUGGUUUGUUCAACCAGCUGGAGAAAGCGUCUCUCACCUGCAACUCUCCUGGUGAUCCCCAGCUACCCGGAAGCAGCGAGCCCAGCGCCCCAUCGCCAACAUCUGCAGUAGGAAAAGAUUUUAGACACUCAUCCUUCACCAUGCCAGCCAAUCAGCACACCUGCCAGGCCAUCCUAGGGGAUCAGCCCACUGCCAGUAGCUCACUGGUCUCUAAAGAUGCCUCCAUGAAAUCCCAGGGCACAGCUGCCCAGCAACCAGAGAGCAACAGUGCAACAUGGCCACAAAGCAACAGGGCGCAAGCUGAGGACUCUAGUCACCCUGCAGGUGACACCUGUGACAACAGCAAAGAUGAAGUGUCUUGUGAUUUUCCUUCUCCAGAUAAACUCCAGGAAAUGGUGCACCCUCCGAGUGCACCAGCCCAGGCGUUGAGUCCCUCAUCCUCUCCGGCAGGUGCAUCAGAAGGGGAAAGGCAAGCCUCUGUUUCCAUGAUGAUACCCUGUAACUCUGCAGCAGGAGAAGGCGAAUGCACAGAGACCCCAAAGCCCUCUGCCACCAUCUCCCAGAGCAAAGGCCUCGCAUCUGAGACAUCUCCGCCAUCACAGCUCACUAGGGGAGAGUUACCGUGUCUUCUGGGUUCUAAGACUGUGCCCACGCAGCAUCAAGUGUCAAAGUUUAGAGAAGCCAGUACGAUGACCACCCAAGCUGAUCAUGAGAUCGAGGAAGUCCCUGGCAGGGCUCGGCAAGAUGCUGAGGUACAGGCUGUGGCAGUGGUGGAGAGCAGGUCGGUCUCUACCAGCCCCAGCAUCCUCACCGUCUUCUUAAAGGAAAUCCCGGCCCCGGAGCAUUUGGAGCCACAGGAGCAGCUGAGCGUCAUCUGCCAUGGCAGUGGUAGCGGGAGCCACAUGUUGGAGCUGUGUAACAGUGCAUUGGCCCCCCAGGUGUUAGGGCAGUGCCCUGGCACCCAGCCAUGGGUGCCCAUCCAUGCAGCUGUGUCUGUAGGUUUCCAAGGAAACCAUAAUCCAGUGAGCCAAUCAGGGGACAUCUUCAGAGCCCCACCCAUCAGUGUGGCCUCUAGUCCCACCCAGGAUGGGUGCAAUCAAGAUGGGCCAUCAGCAGGCGUGACUCCAGCAGGGCAAGACCGAACCUCCACACGGCUUUCAGGGACUCAUUCCGCCUCGCAGAAAGCUAGCCGGGUUGACCAGAUGUCCCUCAGUGCCGGUGUUCAAACGUGUGAACCCAAGGCACCUGUGCUUGGAGUGGAACCCACAAGUGACCACAAAGCAGAACCACCUUGCCAACCAUCUGUAUCCUGUAGUCCCACCAGCGAAGGUGGCCAUGCCAGGAGCUUGGACCCCAUCAUGAAAGGAGGUGCAAAGGAAGGGACCCCCGCCUCUCCUCAGCUAGUAAGAGAGCAGGAGUCUGCAGACAUGAGUAUUCCAGAGGCCAAAACCCUACUGCUCACUCCCAAAUCUCAAGAAAGCACAGGCCCAGGGUCAGCUGCUCCUAAGAAAGAACCCUCCCCAAUAAGAAAGACCCAGGAGAACAUCUCAGAAGACAACAGACAGAGCAAGCCAGCCGCGAGCCUGAGCCUGCCCCCCGACUCCUUGGGGGACUCCAGCCCAGGGUCUGGCAAAAGGACCCCUUCUCGGUCAGUGAAAGCCAGUCCACGCAGGGGCAGCCGGGUGAGUGAGUUCCUCAAGGAGCUGAGCGUGACGGCAGCGGCCGCGCAGGUGGGACUCACCCCGGGAGAGAAGAAGAAGCAGCUGGACGCCAAGGCGCAGCUGAAGCAGUCCAAGCGUGUGAAGGACGUGGUGUGGGACGAGCAGGGCAUGACCUGGGAGGUGUACGGUGCUUCUUUGGACCCAGAGUCCCUGGGCAUCGCCAUCCAGAAUCAUUUACAAAGGCAAAUUAGGGAACAUGAGAAAUUAAUCAAAACACAGAGUGACCAGACCCGAAGAUCCAUUUCCUCGGAUACUUCUUCUUCAAAUAAAAAGCUCAAGGGAAGGCAGCACAGUGUCCUCCAGUCCAUGCUGCAGAAUUUCCGGCGCCCCAACUGCUGUGUCCGCCCAGCCCCUUCUUCUGUGCUGGACUAAAAAGGCGACUUGUGUGGGGAGGGGAGAGAGGGUCCAUGCACAGGUUUAUGAUAUUCUUAGGUGUCUGUCAAAGCUGACUUCCUUUGACUUUUCCUGAGGAG